GUGGGAGAUAUCUUUCUCCUAUCAUCUGGGUGGAUCCGUCUUUCUUGAUUGUAGUGCGUUCGUUCUCAUCGUCGUUUGUAAUAGGGCUGUGAGGUAAUUGGAUACUGCGGAAAUAUUUGAUUUCUUUAGGGUUUCAAUUUUGGGCUACAUUGGUUGAUUAUGCUUUGUCAGUGAUCCGAGACGAAGAGUGACCUUUUUCAUUUUUCUCCUUUAUUUAUUUUUUUGUCAGAUUUGUUCCAUCUAUAUCUGGAGAUUAGGGUUGUUUACCUCUGUAUUCUAGAUCUUUGGCGGUUCUUUCAUCUUUGCAUCUCUUCUUGUUGACCGUGUUGUUAGAGCUUCUCUAGUACUGUUAGCAGAAGAGAGUUUUAUCCCUUGAUUCGCUCUCUGAUUGUGGGGCGGGUUGUUCUGAUUAAAUGGGUAGCCCGUCUCCACCUGCUCCAAGGCAGUACGGUAUAACAAAGCCAAUCUCGACUGCUGGACCCACUGAGGCUGAUCUCAAGAGGACAACUGAACUUGAAAAGUUCUUGGUUGAUGCUGGACUCUAUGAGAGCGAGGAGGAAGCUCUCAAGAGAGAGAACGUUUUAGGAGAACUAGGCAAGAUUGUCAAAAGCUGGGUGAAACAGUUAACUCGGCAGAGGGGUUACUCUGAUCAAAUGGUUGAAGAUGCAAGUGCAGUAAUUUUCACAUUUGGAUCUUAUCGCUUGGGGGUUCAUGGACCGGGGGCUGACAUUGAUACUUUGUGUGUUGGACCUUCCUAUGUUAGCCGAGAGGAGGACUUUUUCAUUACUUUGCAUGAUAUUUUGGCUGAAAUUGACGAAGUUUCUGAACUUCAGCCAGUGCCUGAUGCCCAUGUUCCUGUUAUGAAAUUUAAAUUUGAUGGAAUAUCUAUCGAUCUUCUUUAUGCCAGUAUAUCACAACUAGUUGUUCCUGAGGAUUUGGACAUCUCCCAUGUAUCUGUGCUUUACAAUGUUGAUGAGGCAACUGUUAGAAGUCUUAAUGGCUGCAGAGUAGCGGACCAAAUUAUACGGCUGGUGCCAAAUAUUGAGAAUUUUCGAACAACUCUCAGAUGCUUGAAGCUCUGGGCUAAGAAGCGUGGAGUUUAUUCAAAUGUGAUUGGAUUUCUUGGGGGUGUCAAUUGGGCUAUAUUGGUUGCUUGUGUCUGCCAGCUUUAUCCUAAUGCUGUGCCAAGUACGCUAGUAUCACGAUUUUUCAGAGUUUAUACCCAGUGGCGCUGGCCAAAUCCAGUAAGGUUGUGUGAUAUUGAGGAAGCUGAACUUGGGUUCCCUGUGUGGGAUAGCCGUAAGAACCCACGAGAUCGAACUCACCAUAUGCCUAUUAUUACUCCUGCAUAUCCAUGCAUGAACUCUAGCUAUAAUGUAUCAACAAGCACACUAAGGGUUAUGACGGAACAAUUUCAAAUUGGCAACAAUAUCUGUGAGGAUAUUGAGUUGAACAAGACUGGUUGGGGUGCUCUGUUUGAGCCUUACCCUUUCUUUGAGACAUAUAAAAACUAUCUCCAGGUUGACAUUGUUGCUGCUGAUGCCGAGGAUCUAAGGUCAUGGAAGGGAUGGGUGGAAUCUCGUCUGAGGCAGUUGACUCUGAAGAUUGAGAGGGACACAUGCGGCAUACUGCAGUGCCAUCCAUAUCCCAAUGAGUAUGUAGAUCCUUUUAAACAGUUUUCACAUUGUGUUUUCUUUAUGGGCUUGCAAAGGACACAGGGGAUGAAGAUACAAGAAGGUCAGCGAUUUGACAUACGCGGAACUGUCGAAGAGUUCAAGGGUGAUGUGGAGUCGUACUUGUUCUGGAAACCUGGAAUGGAAAUUCACGUUACUCAUGUUCGCAGAAAGCAAAUACCCUCUUAUGUGUUUCCAGAAGGAUAUAAGAGACCUCGUCCAUCGAGGCCCGUCUGCCAGCAGCUGACUGACAAAACUUCUGGUGAAGAUAUUCGGGAGCACUGUGGAGGAUCCUUGGAGCGAAACUGUAAGAGGAAAAUUGAUGUUGAUUGCUUGGAUGAUAAACCGAAUAAACCUGAGAAACAUACAUUAAUCAGUCCAAAUCAGGAGAAUAUAUCAAUUUCUGAUCAACAAGAUCAAGCUGGUAUAAAUAAUGAUCAGAAAGAUGGGAAAGAAAAAGAACGUCAUUGUAAGAGGAAAAUUGAUUGCUUGGGUUCUAAACCAAAUAAACCUGAAAAACAUGCAUUAGUCAAUGCAAGUCAGCAGAAAAUCUCAACUCCUGAUCAACAAGAUCAAGCAGGUAUAGAUGAGAAACAGAAAGAGUCGGAAAAAGAUAACCAAGUCUUUAAGCGAGUCGACGAUGAUUCUAUUAGCCCAAGCAGACAGCCACAGUUGUUCUCUUCUGUCACCAGUAGCAUAUCAGUUAGGAGUACCGCAGAUGUUGGUGUUGAAACAUCUAGUGGAAGUGAUGCUAGGCAGUUGGCAAAUGAGACAUUAUAUCUGGAGUGUGGUGGGGAUUCAGCGGGAGACCUGUUCUGCAAUUCAGAGUCCAUCGAGGAGGUGGUUCUGCAGCAGUUUGCCGGCAGUACAAGUUCCAGUGUGGGUGACAGUCAAGAACUAUUGCAGGGGACUAGCACAGGGAUGGAUAAAUUGGAGGAUGGAUCAACACAAAAUGGUGUGGUAGAUGAAUUGGAGCCAAACAUCGCACUUGGAGUGGCCCUUGAAGCUCGUGGAGGGGUGUCAGCUGAUGCUGCUCAAAACCCUUCACAAAGGCAUGUUUCUGUGAACUCGUUUUACCUUGGGGAACUCUAAUGCUCUUUUUUCUUUGUACUUUCCUGCGUCGUAUUGUAUUUCCACCUUCAUGGCAGGUUGAGUCUGACUUCAACAGCAUGAAGUGGCUGAGGAUGCUCAGUCAAUGCAAGCCAUGGAUGAUGCUGCAAAAGAAGCAGCAAUCCGAAUGGCGCGAUUUUGUAUAUGGGAAAGCCUUGGUCCGGCAGUUGGCGGGGUAAGUUUCUCCGGACUUGCUGUUAUCGCAAUGCGAGCAAACUGGAAUAGAAGACGAUGAAACUGGCAGAUAAGUGGAAAACUUUGUGGCAAGAUGUGUUAUAGUCAUGGAUGAUCUAGCAGAUGAUUUAACCUAAAAAAUCUUCUAGAUGGAUUAUCUCCAGUUUUAGGGACCUUACUCUAGCCUUUUGGCUACGCCUGCUGUCCGGAAUUGUGUUACAUAAGUUGCAUAGUGUCAGACCCUCUGCAAAGGUUCAAUACUUAGGUUUUAGAUUAGGAAAGCUCUCCCAUUUGUUUCAUUCUUCUUCCCAAGUGUAGUUAACUGUAUAUACUCGAUUGUUUUGUAAAGUAAUAGUUUCAUGAUCAAGUUAA